GCCUGUGAUAGUCGACGACGCGACGGCGACGCUCACGGACUAGCUCGUUCGUUCUCGCAACAGGUGACGGGAUCUCGACUCGACCAGGUAGGUAAGAGGCGACGACAAAUUCUUCGACGAGUCCGGACAGCGGCUGCGAUCCUCCUCGCGUGUAAGACACCCUCGAGGAAUCCCGGAGGAGUGGGGUGGAAAGGGAGAACCGAGCCAAGAGAUUCCAGAAAGAGUCGCAAAAUGAGUGUCGAGGACGCCAUCAAUUACUCACCCAGCGAGGAGGAGGACUAUUACGCUCUGUUAUCCUGCGACGAGUCUUCCACGGUCGAGCAAAUUACGGCGGAAUAUAAGGUAUUAGCGCUUCAAUAUCAUCCAGACAAGAAUGACGGUGACAAGGAGGCCGAAAAGAAAUUUCAACAGCUAAAGUACGCAAAAGAGGUUCUAUGCGAUCCCGAAAAGAGGAGCAAUUACGAUAAAUGGCGGAAUAGCGGUAUCAAGAUCAGUUACAAACAAUGGGUUGGCAUGAAGGAGCAUGUGCAGCAGACCAUGCAUUGGAGCACGCCGAAGACAAAGGACAGAAUGCUGCCGGAUACGACCGAAGAGGCAGGUGGUUCACCAGCUCACCUCAAAGGUCAUCCUACAAAUGCGCACAGAAGGGCUUCAGAGGGUGGUGCCAUGAAUCUCUACUACCGUUCGAGCCACGGCGUUCCGUUCUAUCAGGAGUCCAACGAGGUUGUCAGUAAGUUUCGCAAUUACGAGAUUUAAAAGGUCCCCAGCGUAAUUUUCACCGGAACGGAAGUGGUCCACUGUACCGGAUACACUUAAGACAGCGGGAAAAUGUUACACUAGACAAAUAUCUACCUGUACCCGAGUGUACGAGAUGUUGGUCGGAUCGCGUUGGCGUACAUACACGCGGGUUUCAUGAAAUGGCAAAUCGAGGGAUAAAUUUCAUCACCUGCCAUCGCUACGUUUUUUUUUUCCUACCCCGCUACGUUCACAUGCGAUUGUGCAAUUAGAAGAUUUUUAUUAUCAUUGCGUCACUUCGCGUCAGAUUGCGAAACAUGGCGAUCUGUCAUCGAGGGUGGCUUCGAUAAAAUCGUUUGAACGAUCGCAAAUCUCUCUUCAAGGAAAGACUCCGCGAAGUUGAUAAAUGUUAAAGAGUAACAAUAAAGAGUAACAAUCGUACGAUUGUUCUGUUUCUGUCUUGAA